AUGGCUUCGCGACAGCGGUCGAAGUCCCCAUCGACCCUUUCUGAGGGUGAGAUCAUCGAGUCAAGCUCAGAGAUGAAGGCAACUGCGUCAAAACUUCCUCUUAAUGGCACCAGCGUUGACCGUCCCUCCAGAGUUAGGACAUCCUCUGCGACCAGAUCUCCCCCGUCGCUGAGAGAGAGUCGAUCGCCUCGCCGACGAGGAUCAUGGACAAGGUCGCCCUCGAAAUCUCGAUCCCGAUCACGCUCGCCGUACCGGGACCCUAGAGGCUAUAAGCGCAGGCGCGGCGACGAUGACUAUGAUGAUUACGAUUACCGACAUGCUCGGCAAGAGCCGUCUCGACGCUACGGGUCAAGAUACGAUAAUAGAGACCAUGAUCGAGCUGCUCCCUCCCGCCGACAGAGAUCGUAUUACGACUAUGACCGCGGAGAGGGAUAUGAGGGAGGUCUACGUUAUACUGAUGACCACGAUCGUCGCAAGGAUAAACGACCGCGCACCCGCAGCCGAUCGCCGUACCGUGAAGUCAGAAAACCGAAACGAUAUGAUGAGUCGGAGCCGAAGGCAGAUGGCGCAGCAUAUCGAGCGGAUGCAGUGAAGAGCAGACCGUCUAAACAAGCAGUGAGCGAAACAGGAAAGACUCCAGCGAACGCUCGAGGUUCCAAGCUCGGUGCUGAAACACAAAAGAAUCAGAUGCAACAGGCUCUUCCAACACGUGCCUAUGUGGUUGAUGAGUAUGUUUUCAAUUCGUCUAGUGCACUUGAUAAGGCUCGGCUAACAGCGCUCUGCAGAAAAGAGACACCCGCACCAGACGCUGUUAAUGAACCAGAGCCAGCUGAACCAAUGGACGAAGCCGCCGCUCUCGAGGCCCGCCGCAAACGCCGCGAGGCUAUUCGAGCGAAAUACCGGAGCCAGGCGACCCCUAUGCAUCUGAAGGCCUUGCAGAUCGGGGAUGGGGAUACAGAUUCAUCUACCCCUGGCACCGAGCCGGCAAGCGCGCGAGACACGUCGGGUAAAUUUGCUCCUUUCAAGACCAAUUUGGUUAUUUCAACCGAAACUAACAUAAACGCUGUGGCUGCUAUAGAAUCACCGCGGCUUUCACCUGCCCAGACACCGAGCGAACAGACCGGACAUUCGUUUUCUGACUUCAAUAUUGGCAAAGACGCUGACUUGGUCACCUCGGAUGUGUCUGGAAAUAUUGAUGAAGGGAAAGAUGAACCGUCCGCUGCAGACUAUGACCCGACUUUCGACAUGAAAGAGGAAAGCCAAAAACAUAACGGGGUUCAGAGCAACAAGGAUGAUGUCUCAUCGGCCGCGUAUGACGAAACACAGACAGCCAGACAGGACAUUCUAAUCCCGGAUGCUUCUCAGCAGGCGCCGGCGCCCGCUAAAGCGAAAGACCCCUUUGAUAUGUUCGCUGACGACGAUGAUGACAUGUUUGCUGAAGACACCAAAGACGAUCAACCUGCGCAUGCGUCCGCGAUGGCUGUGCCCCAGCCCCAGGAGCUAGACAUUAGUAUGAUGGACAACUGGGAUGACCCAGAGGGCUACUACAACGUCCGGCUCGGCGAAUUGAUCAAUGGCCGGUACCAUGUACAGCAGAACCUGGGCAAGGGUAUGUUUUCGUCUGUAGUGCGGGCUACUGAUUCCAAAACCGGAAACCUAGUUGCGAUCAAGUUCAUCCGGCAAAAUGAUACGAUGCGCAAGGCUGGCAUGAAGGAGAUUGGGAUUCUGGAACAGCUCCGCGAAGCCGACCCCGAGGACAAGAAGCACGUCAUAAAGUUCCAGCGUUAUUUCGAACACAAGGGCCACUUGUGCAUGGUAUUCGAAAACCUGAGUAUGAACCUCCGCGAGGUCCUCAAGAAGUUUGGCCGCGACGUCGGAUUGAAUUUGCGGGCGAUUCGUGCCUACGCACAGCAGAUUUUCCUUGGUCUAAGUCUAAUGCGCAAGUGUAACAUUCUGCACGCCGAUCUCAAACCCGACAACCUCCUUGUCAACGAGCAACGCAGCGUGCUAAAAGUCUGCGAUUUGGGCUCGGCUUCCCCAGCUUCCGAUAACGAGAUCACGCCCUACCUGGUCAGUCGUUUCUACCGCGCUCCGGAAAUUAUCCUCGGCAUCCCAUACGACUACGCCAUCGAUGUCUGGUCCAUCGGUUGCACGCUGUUCGAGCUGUAUACGGGCAAAAUUCUCUUCACUGGCCGCAACAACAACCAGAUGCUGAAGUCGAUCAUGGAGUGCCGCGGCAAGUACCCUCCCAAGGUCCUCCGGCGCGGAUCUCUUGCUCACUUGCACUUUGACGAAAUGAUGAAUUUCCACAGCACCGAGGUAGACAAGAUCACCGGCCGCCCAGUGACUCGGGUAGUAGAUUUCAAGAAGCCUACGCGGGAUCUCAAGACGCGGCUGAUGGGCGGAGGUACCCGAGGGAUGUCGGAUAGCGAGGCGAAGGAUUUGACCCUGUUUGUGGAUUUCUUGGACCGGUGUCUCAGUCUGAAUCCAGAGAAACGGUGCACGCCGGCGGAAGCGUUGAAGCAUCCGUUCUUGACACGAAAGUAG